CGUAUACAUGUGACAGUCACUCUGCGAAUAAACAUGAAGACAUGAACAUGUAUGAGAAUCGGCUCUGACUAUUUUGUGAACAACGAACCCAAAGAUAUCCAACAAUUGGCGAUGAGAUGUGUGUUUUGUAGACGCAGGAUAGCAGAGCAACGAUGCAGGCCACUGCAGAGUCGGUUUCAGGGCAGGUUUUGCCUAACAAUUGCAUCAGGUAUGAUGAAUCGGAGGACUUAGAUUGUUAUCUAGAACGUUUCGAAUUGUAUCUGAUAGCGAGUGGCUUGACAGUACCUGACGCACAGUCAGUGAAUGAGAGCGCGACCACAGUGGAUCGCGGGGGUGACAAGAGAGUAGUGGCGCUGCUAUUGAACGCUAUCGGGGCUCGCUACUACGGGAUUGUUCGUGAUUUGGUAUCACCGGCAAAACCAAGUGACAAGUCAUAUGUGCAGUUGAAGCAAAUACUGCGAAAGCAUUUCAAACGUACACCAGUCACCGUAGCUGAAAGGCGCAAGUUUAUUAGACGUGAUCAGGCACCGGGUGAGAGCACGAGUGAUUACGUUGUACAGUUGAAACAUCUCAGCCUAGUGAGCCUACAUUGUGAGUAUGCUGAUAAACUUGAUGAGCAGCUACGAGACCGCUUUAUCAGUGGUUUGAAUGAUGAGUCUACUUCACUGAAACUUAUGGAAAAGGCUACUGAGACCCCUAACAUGACGUUUCAGCAGGCUGUGGACUUCACCCUAUCGAAACAAACAGCCGCGGGGGAGGUCCGGGCGAUGCGUUCAGAUGGCUCUUCAGGUUGCACCAAGUCCAGUGUUCAUGCAGUUCGCGGUAAACAGCAGUCUGGUCAGAAAGGUAGCAGGCGAAAGCAAGAAUGUUAUCGUUGUGGUCGACACCAUACACCAGAGGAGUGUUGGUUCAAGUCCGAAACGUGCAGAUACUGUAAAAAGAAAGGACACAUCGAAAGGAAGUGUCGAGCCAAGGGCAAGAAUGAAAUGAAACAAACAGAACACUCAGACUGUAAAUCUAAGAUGAGUCACAAGAGUAAAGGUCAAACGAAGAAAAAUAAUUGUAGUGAUGUACAUAAGAUGCAUGAAAACAGGAAACCUAUGUCUAACAGUAAUGCUAGGAAGGAAGCUAGAGUUUUACAUGAUUCCAGUAGUAGUAGUGAGGAAUGCAGUGUGGAAUAUGAUCACACAUUGUUCAAGUUAGACGUUAUUAGUAAGUCAAAGGUUAGGCCAAGUACAGGUUCAGAGAGUGAUCCAAUUAUAGUUCCUGUUGUCAUUGAAGGUAAAGUCACACAUAUGGAACUUGAUACAGGGUCAAGUGUGAGCAUGAUACCAUUGUCAUACUAUGAGAAACAUCUAUCACAUGUGAAGAUGCAUGAGUCAGAAAAGUCUUUGGUGAGUUUUAUCACAAACCAAACAGUCAAACCAGUUGGGAAAGUUCAUGUAGAGGUCACACAUGGAAAGUACCAUGGUAAACUGAGUUUGUAUGUGGUAGAACAUACAGAGUAUUUGCUAUUUGGGAGAGAUUGGUUAUCAAUAGUACCACUGAAUUGGAAGUCUCUGAUAUCCAGGGUAAGCAGUAAUCAUGAUCAUAGUCAGGUUCAUCAUGUUGGUGAGCUGGAUAGAGUCCUGAAUAAGCAUAUAAUAGAUUGUUUGAAGAUAGACUAGGUAAGCUCACAAAAGCAAGAGCGCACAUUUCAGUAAAAGAUGAUGCUAAACCAGUAACUACAAGGCCAUAUAAGGUACCUUUUGCAAUGAGAGAUAAGGUAGAAGAAGAAUUGGAAAGAUUACAGAAGUGUGGGGUUUUGACUGCUAUUGAUCAUAGUGAAUGGAGUACUGGAAUCGUAGCAGUUCCAAAGAAGGAUGGGUCUGUCCGCAUAUGUGGAAAUUACAAAACUACAGUGAAUCCAGUUUUGGAUCCAGUUCAGCCCCCCAAUAUCAAUGUAGAGAACAUAUUGGCAAAUCUAGGUGGAGGUGUGAUAUUUUCUACCGUAGAUCUAGCACAUGCUUACAACCAGUUAGAGUUGGAUGAAGAGUCUAAGAAGUUCCUAGUAAUAUCUACACAUAAGGGGUUAUUUCAACAGAAUCGCCUGGUAUUUGGUAUUACUAGUGCACCAGCUAUUUGGCAGAGUGCUAUUGAACAGGUACUACAGGGGAUACCUGGGGUACAAGUAUACUUAGAUGACAUAUUGGUAACUGGGCGCACUGUUGAAGAGCAUCAUGCCAAUUUGGAUAAGGUUCUCACACGCCUUGAAGAGCGUAACCUUACAUUGAGGAAAAUGAAAUGUAAGUUUACUCAGCCAUCAGUAGAGUUCUUAGGUCAUGUCAUAGAUGCAAACGGAGUACAUACUGUAGAAGAGAAAGUACAGAAAAUAGAGAAUCUUCCUAGACCAGAAGAUGUGUCACAGUUAAGGUCCUAUUUCGGGUUACUUAAUUACUACCGAAAGUAUGUGCCUAAUCUAGCUCAUGAGAUAGCACCGUUAACGGAUUUGUUGAAAUCUGAUCGUAAGUUUGAAUGGCAUGAGGAAGCCGAGAAAGCUUUCAUUAGGUCAAAGAGAUUGAUGCGAGAAGCAGGUUUUCUGGUACAUUAUGAUCCGGAAUUGCCCAUUUCGAUUGCGUCCGACGCAAGUCCAAUAGGUAUCGGCGCAGUUUUGUCUCACAUAUUACCAAAUGGUGAGGAGAGGCCAAUACAAUUUGCUUCUAGAUCACUUACAAAGACGGAAAGGAAAUAUCCGCAAAUUGAGAGAGAGGCUUUGGCAAUUGUAUUCGCGUUACGUAAAUUCUACAUGUUUGUGUACGGACGUAAAUUUACGCUUAUCACGGAUAAUAAGCCGCUUACAGCAUUGCUAGGCCCAUACAAAAGCCUACCAGCUUUAGCCGCUGAACGAAUGCAAAGGUGGGCAAUGUAUCUUGCAGGUUUGACUAUACGAUCAAGUAUCGCACUUCAAGCGCAAAUGCGAAUGCGGACUGUCUUUCAAGACUACCCGACAAAGAUGCGAAACCGGAAGGUCGUGAACCAGAGAUUGUCUCGGUCCGUCAUGUGGAUAUACUACCCACAUCGCACGAAGCAUUGCGUAACACAACCCGAAAAGAUCCAGUGUUGUCAAAGGUCAUCAGAUAUACAUUGGAUGGAUGGCCAAUACAGUUGUCCGUAGAAGAAAGGGAGCUGCAACCCUUCUUCAGGCGCAGACUGGAAAUUACCCUAGAACAAGGCAUACUGAUGUGGGGAACGCGUAUCAUUAUUCCUGUCAAGAGUCACCGCGCAAUCAUGGAAGAAUUACACAGUGGACAUCUUGGAGUUGUUAAGAUGAAAUCGCUUGCACGUAGUUACGUAUGGUGGCCGCAGAUCGAUGUACACAUUGAAGAAUGCACAAAACAAUGUAGUACAUGUCAGGUCGUACAAAACCAACCACCACAAACGUUACUACACCCAUGGAUUCCAGCGUCCAAGCCGAUGGAAAGAAUCCAUAUUGAUUUCGCAGGACCAUUUGAAGGUCGUACAUACAUGGUCCUAGUGGAUGCGUAUUCAAAAUGGCCCGAGGUAUUUAUCAUGCCGAGUACUACUUCGGAGCGCACUAUUGAUGUACUCAAACGCGUAUUUUCGAGAUACGGAUUACCGCAAAUCAUGGUAACUGAUAACGGAAGUCAGUUCACCUCAUCGGAAUUCAAAGAGUUUGUAGACAAGAAUGGUAUUGUACACAAGCGAAGUGCACCAUAUCAUCCUAGCACGAAUGGUCAAGCAGAGCGCUUCGUACAGACAUUGAAACAAGCACUACGCGCUGCAAGAUCCGAUGGAGGAUCACCACAAGCCCAACUUGACAGAUUUUUGCUGGCUUAUCGGAAUGCUAGACAUGCAGUCACAGGUGAAGCACCGGCUGUUCUCUUUAUGAAGAGACAACUUCGUAUACGGUUGGAUAAUUUACGUCCAAAUGUAGAGCGUAGAUAUGCAGACCGAUUGCAUCAGCAAGCACAGUACAGAGAUAAACAUAGUUCAGUAGACAAACUACGCAAGUUUGCAGUAGGAGACUCAGUACUUGUUAGGGACUAUGUAGGAAAACAUAAGUGGGUACCAGGUGUCAUUGUAGAUAGAGAGGGUCCACUAAUGUAUAAGGUACAAGUUCAAUCCGGUAUUUGGAGGAGACAUCAGUUACUUCCAAGACUAGAGAACGAGGUUGAGUUAGAUCAGAAUGAGUCAAGACAAGAUUUUGGUUCAGACAUACCAGUACAAAGUAGGUCAGUUCCUGAAUCAAGUCCAAGUAGGUUAGGAGAAAUAACUAGUUCUCAAGAUUGUCACAUUGAAACGGUCCAGGGUGAUUCAGUUUCGCAAGACUUACCUGUUGUAUCAGAGGAUGUUGUAGUAGAUAGGGAAAAACCUCAAGAACUUAGGAGAUCCCAGAGGAAGAGAAAAGCUCCAGAUAGGCUUAAUCUCUAAGGCUAUACAGAAAGAGUUUUGUUAUGUUUUUGGUAUGAAGUCAUUUCAGGUUAAAGUUUGAUGUUUUUAAGUUUCCAACAGAUUGCAGAGAUAUUAGAUACUAAGCCAUAUUCCAUGUCAAUAUAAGUAUGUUGUUGUUUUUUUGGAUAGAGAGGGAUCUAGUAUUGUGUUUUAUACAAACUUAGUCAAAAUUUGAUUAACAUAUGUUAGAGUUAAGAACAUGUGUCAAGUAUAUUUUGUUUGAAUGUAACAUUACUUGGUGAAUAACAUGGAUUUAAAAUGUCAUAUUAUAAAUAUAUCGGUUUUCGCAAAUACAGGUUUUUUACAGAACACAACUGAACACACAUAAUUAUUUGGUAUGUAAUUUUAUUUGGAUCAAUAGACGUUAUCAAUUAUGUAUACAUUUACAGAGAAAAAAAAACAGGCACAAGCUUUAUUUUGGCAAGAUUUUGAAAUCUUGACAGUUGUAUUUUAUAGAGUACAGUAAUUUUUAAAAGGGUUAGUUAUUACAUGGGAUUUGUAAUACAUGCUCAGUUCUAUUGUUGUUGUAUUAGUUAACAAUUGUUUUGGAGUGACAAGAUUGUUUAUUGUUGGCAUAAACAUCGGUAUAUGGUAUGUACAUGCACAUAUAAAACAGUUGCAAAGUUGAGGUAACUUUAAAUUUGCUGUGGGGGAGAUCUGUUAGAUAUGAUAUCAGUUGGCUUUCCAUACUCUCACAAUGAUAUGUGUAUUGCGUAUACAUGUGACAGUCACUCUGCGAAUAAACAUGAAGACAUGAACAUGUAUGAGAAUC